AUGCCGCCCAAAUCCAAGGCGGCGGCGGCGGCGGCGGCCGCGGCGGAGCCAGCCGCCGUGGAGGACCUCUUCUCGGCGCUCCACCGCCACAUCGAGGCCGGCGAGUUCCCCCAGGCCGUCAAGGUCGCCGACCAAGUUCUCGCGGCGGCGCCGGGCGACGAGGACGCGGUGCGGUGCAAGGUGGUGGCGCACAUCAAGGCCGACGCCACGGACAAGGCGCUCGCGGCCAUCCGCGCCGCCGACCGCCUCCCCAUCGACCUCAGCUACUAUAAGGCAUACUGCUACUACAGGCAGAACAAAUUGCAAGAAGCUUUGGAGAUAUUAAAUGGCCAAGAAGAAACAGCUGCUGUUCUCCAGUUAGAAUCCCAGAUCUAUUACCGGCUAGCAAGAAUGACUGAUUGCUUGAAUAGCUAUGAGAAGCUUCAAAAAUUUAAGAUUGACUCAAUGGAUCUUAAGAUAAAUACCAUCGCUGCUCUGGUUGCAGCUGGAAGGGCUUCUGAAGUACAGGCAGCCAUGAAGGCGCAAAAGGUUGAUCUUACCACUAGAGCGCUCAGAGAUGCUAGGAGCUUUGAGCUUGCAUAUAAUUCUGCUUGCACCUUGAUAGAAAAUAAGAAUUAUCCAGAAGCUAAAGAGCAGCUGGACUUGGCGAAAAGAAUCGGGAAGGAGGAGCUUAUGGUGGAAGAUUAUGCAGAAGAUGAGAUUGAAUACGAAUUAGCUCCUGUAUCUGCUCAGCUUGCUUAUGUACAGCAGUUACAAGGACAGACUCAAGAAGCUAUGGAAACCUAUGUUAAUAUGACAAACAAGAAAUCAGGAGAUCCCUCAUCACUUGCCGUGGCAACAACCAACCUUAUAUCACUGAAAGGUACAAAGGAUGCUGCCGAUAGCUUAAGGAAGCUUGACCGGCUUGUUGAGAAGUCUACAGCUCCAAACCAAUUGCAACUUAUUGAGAGCCUUGAAUUCAAGUUACCCCCAAGGAAAAAAGAAGCCCUGUAUUCUGCGCGCGUUCUUUUACUCCUCCAUGCAAAUAAAAUCGACCAGGCACAUGAGUUGGUCAGUGGACUGCUUGGUAUGUUUCAAGACAGUAUAUUCCCUAUUUUACUUCAAGCUGCAGUUCAUGUGAGAGAAAAGAAGGUCGCGAAAGCUGAAGAAGUUCUUAGCCGUUAUGCUGAGAAACAUCCUAAUAAUUCUAAAGAAGUUCUCCUUGCACUUGCCCAGAUUGCUGCUAGUGCUAACCAUUUUCAAAUUGCUGCUGACUCGCUGUCUAAAAUAUCUGACAUCCAGCACAUGCCUGCUACAGUUGCUACACUAGUAGCUCUAAAAGAGCGUCUAAGUGACUCUAAUGGUGCUGCUUCUGUGCUUGAUUCUGCUAUCCAGUGGUGGAAGAAUGCCAUGGCAGAGGAUAACAAGUUAGAUGUGUUCAUGCGGGAGGCUGCUUCAUUUAAGCUCAAUCAUGGGCGUGAUGAAGAGGCUUGUCAACUGUAUGAGGAACUUGUGAAGAGCUAUGGGAGCACGGAAGCGUUGGCUGGGUUAGUCGCAACUUCAGCUCGCACAGACCUUGAGAAAGCAGAGCUAUAUGAGAAAAAGCUGAAACCAUUGCCUGGUCUUAAGGGAAUUAACGUCGAGAGCCUGGAGAAGACAUCUGGUGCAAGACAUGUAGACCAAGCCGUGAAGGUGGAUGCUCCUGAGGAAGUGAAGAAGCAAAAGGCUAAAAAGAGGAAGAGGAAGCCUAAAUAUCCAAAGAACUUUGAUCCAGCGAACCCAGGGCCACCCCCAGAUCCUGAGAGAUGGCUGCCCAAGAGGGAGAGGUCGAGUUACCGUCCAAAGAGGAAUAAGAGGGUCCAGGUCAGAGGUGCCCAGGGUUCUGUGAGUAAGCAUGAUGCAGCUACUGCCAAUGCUGCUGGUGCCUCUUCUAAAGCAAGCCAAUCCACCACCUCAGCAAAGGCUCCAGAACCACCGAAGGGCAAGUCCCGGAAUAAAAAAUCGAGGAGAUAGGUGUCAAAUUUGUUGUCACAAUAUAACAAUACAAAAAAAGACAUUGUCCAUUUAGUAUGCUGACUUGCAUUUUGUGUGUGUUAUUUGCAUUGAAUUGCCCUCUGCUGUGCUUUUAGAAUCAUCUUUAUGGUGACCUGAGUCUAGACUGUUGCAAAUUUUGCUGAGGCUAGCUAUGGCAUAUAUGGUUGAACAUUUUUGGUUGAA